UGGAGUAAAUGCAUAAUUGCUGUUUUAUUGACUGAAGACACUUUGUCUUGCUCUGAAGUAGCUAUACGUGCUUAUCCUCUUCCGUUUUUCAUGUGCUUGAAAUUUGAUUUAAACUGACUAGCUUCAUGCUUCCUUGAUACUUUUAUCUGUCAAAGAUUGUUUACUUUUCUCUUUUUAUUCUUUUCUUCUCGUGUUCUUAUUCAUCUUCAUCUCAUUCGUUAUCUUCAUCGGAAUUUUGAUCAGAGUUGAUCAAUGAGGGACUUCCCUUCUUGUUUUGGUGAAAGCGGUGUUCAGGUUGCAGAUGCUUCGUCAUCAGGUAGUAGUAGUGGCAGAGCUGCUCAGAAUCUCGUAACGUGUGUGUAUCUCUGUGAACUCCGAGGUGUUUCACGCUUCAUCACGGUUACAUGGACGAAGAAUCUGAUGGGUCAAGGUUUGCUCGUCGGGGUUGAAAAUCCAACGGGCGAAUCCCUGUGCAAGGUGGACAUCAAGCCGUGGCUGUUCUCGAAGAGAAAAGGGUCCAAGAAUGCGGAACUGGGUUCAGGUUCAAGCGUGGUUGAGGUCUACUGGGAUUUCUCCAACGCGAAGUUCGGUUCUAGCCCCGAGCCAUUGGAGGGGUUCUACCUCGCCAUCACGCUAAACCAAGAACUCAUCCUCCUCAUCGGGGAUCUGCAGAAGCUCGCCUACAAGAAGAUCGACGCAUCAGUCACAAUCCCGGCCGCCUGCACCACGACUUUCCUCGCCAAGCGAGAGCACAUUUCCGGGAAAAAACUGUACGCCGCAAAGGCGCAGUUAUCCGACAAGGGGGUGCUGCACGAUAUCUCGAUAGAAUGCGACAGCGGUCACGGGACCAGCGACCCGUGCCUCGUGAUCCGCGUCGACGGCCAGCCCGUGAUGCAGGUGAGGCAACUCCGGUGGAAGUUCAGAGGCAAUCACACCAUCUUGGUGGAUGGAAAUCUGGUCCAAGUUUUGUGGGAUGUCCAUGAUUGGCUGUUUGGUAACACUACUGCAGCAAAUGGUGUUUUCUUGUUCCAGACAAGUAGCUGUUCCUCUUCCGACAAACUUUGGAACAGCCAACUUGCGUUCAACUGCUCAGACCUUCAACAUUCUCAACCUAGUAAACCACAGGGCUUUUCUUUGUUAUUGUAUGUUUGUAAAGAUUAAAAUAUUUGUAUGGUGAAAUUUUUUAGUUAUAUCUCGUUAGUCUUCACGGUAAAAAGUUAAAAAUUAAAUAGUACUCUGUAUUAGAGUUGGUGAUGGUAUUGCAAAAGUGGAGAAUAUUAUUUGUACUUAAUCAUUUUGUAUAUUAUUAUUCUGUAUUAGAGUCGGUGAUGGUAUUGCAAAA